AUGCCACUGUGCCAGGUCGUGUGCAACACCCAAGUGGAGAGCGGCGCGGAGGAGGCCUUCCUCGCUGCUGUGGAAUCAGGUCUCAGCAAAAUCCUGGGCAAGCCCACCCAGUACAUCACCGUAACCCUCACUCGGGGCUCCGUCCGCCACAGUGGCAGCUGCGACCCUGCAGCUAGUGUUUCUGUGCAUUCAAUUGGAGGCAUCAGCAGCCGCACCAACAAUAUGAUCUGCGCAGAGGUCGCGGCCCUGUGCCAGCAGCACCUGAAGGUGCCCGUAGAGCGCGUGUUUUUCCACUUCGCAGAUGUGAGCGCCGCGAACAUCGGCAUCGGUUCCCGCGUGUUUGGUUAA